AUGAAGGCCGAAAACCACAGCCAACUCGACCACAUCGAGGCGACCUCGAGCGCAGUGGAUGACCUUCAGAAGCCCGACCUGACCCUGCGCCAUGGCGUUCAGGAGAAGAAUGUCGAGUCGCUGGCUCUCGCCGAUGCCGUCGCCAAAGACAACCCCGACUACAGGUCGAGGUCCCAGGUCAAGCUCUACUGCAUGAUGGCCCUUUGCGUGCUCAAUGGCGUCAUGAACGGCUACGACGGCUCCGUCAUGAGUGCCAUCAACGCCAUGGAACCGUUCCAGGACAGGUUCAAGAUUGGCAAGACGGGCACGCUCAACGGCGCCACUUUCAGCAUCUACACGGUCGGUUCCAUCAUUGGCUCUCUGGGCUGCGGCUACAUCAUGGACCGAUGGGGACGCCGCGCCGGCAUGUUCAUCGGCGCUGCCAACAUUAUACUGGGCUCCGUCCUCCAAGCUACCAGCAGUCACCUGGCGCAGUUCAUCGUCGGUCGCUUCAUCGUCGGCUUUGGCAACCCCAUGUGCGCGACGACUGCGGCCGUCUAUCUCGUCGAACUGUCCUACCCCACGUGGCGGGGCCUUGCGGGUGGCCUCUACAACGUCCUCGGCUGGAACAUUGGCGCCAACAUUGCCUCGUGGUCCUGUUACGCAACCAACUACCUCGAGAACGACUGGUGCUGGCGGAUACCCUACAUCAUCCAGCUCACGUUCCCCACCGUCGUCUUUUCGCUCGUCUGGUUCCUCCUCCCCGAGAGUCCACGCUGGCUCUGGAGCGUCGGCCAGACCGAGAGGGCCAAGGGCAUCUUGAUCCAGUACCACGGGAACAUGAACCCCGACUCGGCCCUCGUCAAGCUCGAGGUCGAAGAGAUGCAGGACGCGCUCGAGCAUGAGCAAGAAAUUGCCAACAAGAACUGGAACUACAAGGUGCUCGUCAACACGAGGGCGAACCGCCACCGCAUGUGGCUGCUCAUGCUCGUCGCCGUCUUUGCCAACUUUAUCGGCGGCUCCGUCAUUUCGUACUACCUCCCCGUCAUGGUCGAGGGCAUCGGCAUCACCGACUCGCGACGCCAGCUCCUGCUGAACGGCAUCAACACGAUCCUCUCGUUCAUCGCCGGCCUCUUUGGCUCCUUCUGCGUCGACAAGUUCGGCCGCCGGCCCUUGUUCCUCUGGGGCACCUUUCUGACGGGCCUCGUCUACAUCCCGAUCAACGUGCUGGCGGCCAGGGCCGAGGGCUACGAGGAGGGCCAGAUCCCCAGGGCGCAGUCGUACGCCUUCAUCGCCAUGGUCUUCACGUACGGCAUCUUCUGGGGCUUCUGCUGGACGCCCCUGCAGGCGCUCUACCCGGCCGAGAUUCUGAACAACGAGAUCCGCGCCAAGGGCAUGGGCGUCAAGGGCUUCCUCACCGGCGUCUCGAGCUUCAUCAACACCUUUGGCACCUCGGUCUCGCUCAAGGAGAUUGGCUGGAAGACGUACACCAUCUUCCUCGUCCUGCACUUUAUCCACAACGGCUUCAUGUGGCUGUCGUGUGUCGAGACCAAGGGCCGCACGCUCGAGGAGCUCGACGAGAUCUUCAACGAUCCCCACCCCGUCAAGCGCAGCAAGCAGAAGACGGCCAUCAUUGCCAACCAGGGCGUCGGCAUCCGGAUCAAGGACGAUGCGUAG